AUGGUCGUUGAAAAAGAUCUGAAGUUGAGAAAAAAGAUAAAUGGUUCUAGAAAUGAAGUUGAAAAAAGCAACUAUCGAAAUGAAAUAGAGGAGAAAAAAGGUUGGAAAAGAUGGAACAGUUUUUCGAAAACGACGUUGUUGAGAUAUAGGGAAAUAGGGAAAUUGUAUGGCUGGAAUAAUAGAAAUGCUUGGGAUAUAAAUUCUAGCUCAGUCCCAUUAUAUGGACAA